AUGGAUAAUAAACUAAAUGUAACAUAUAUAACUCUUGAUGGGUAUGUAGAAGUGAACAAAUAUAGGUAUAUAUAUUUUUUCAUCAUGAUUACAGUGUUUAUUUUAAUCAUUUGCUGUAAUUCCACUAUUGUGUGUCUCAUCUGGAUUCAACAAAACCUCCAUGAGCCCAUGUACAUUUUCAUUGCAGCUUUGUCACUGAACUCUGUUCUGUUCAGUGCUGCCAUUUAUCCAAAGCUUUUGAUUGACUUUUUAUCUGAUAUACAGAUCAUAUCUUAUUCAGCCUGUCUCUUUCAGUGGUUUCUCUACUAUUCUCUGGGUGGUUCAGAAUUCCUACUAUUGGCAGCCAUGGCCUAUGACAGGUAUGUGUCUAUAUGUAAACCUCUGCAAUAUCCAAUUAUCAUGAGAAAAAUAAUCAUCAAUAUGUUACUGCUUUUAGCUUGGCUUAUCCCUGCUUGUCAGGUUGCAGUACCAAUUAUACUGAAUGCCAAUAAAAAACUCUGUGACUUUACUUUAAAAGGAAUCAUUUGUAACAACAUAAUUUAUAAACUACACUGUGUGAGUUCAAGUGCACUAAAUAUAUAUGGUUUGGUUGUGCUUGUAAAUAUUGCCAUACUUCCUGUGAUCUUCAUUCUGUUCACAUACACCAGGAUACUGAUCAUAUCCAUUAGGAGCUGUAGAGAGGUCAGGAAAAAAGCUGCACAGACCUGUUUACCUCACCUGCUGGUUCUAAUCAGCUUUUCAUUAUUGUGUACAUAUGAUAUAAUUAUACUGAGACUGGAAUCAGAUUUUCCAAAAACAGCACGUUUAAUCAUGACUUUACAACUGAUUGUGUAUCAUCCUCUCUUUAAUCCAAUUAUAUAUGGACUGAAAAUGAAAGAAAUUCAUAAACACCUCAAGAGGUUGUUCUGUUCAGGCAAAAUGAUCUGAUUCAUUAAAAGAAAUGUACAUAAUGGAAACUCUGUUCUUUACAG